GCAAUUGGAAGAUGUCAUUGGCUGUCACAGAAAUAAAAUUGUUGUUUAAUCAAACCUGUUUCGGUCCAUUCAAAAUUAUGCGACGCGCUGAUUUAUAAUGCUAGAAUAUGUCCAAAGAUCUGAUAACUACACCGUCCGAGGAACUGGUGUUGAAUUCACGAGGAUACCAUUUGCUGAAGAAACUCGGUGAAGGAUCUUAUGCGAAGGUGUAUUUGACCGAUUUCAAAAACCCAAAGGACCCAGACAAAGUAAUGCAAUUGGCUUGCAAAGUCAUAGACACCUCUAAAGCACCGAAGGACUUCGUCAAGAAAUUCUUGCCCAGAGAACUAGACAUACUGGUUAAACUAAAUCAUCCGCAUAUAGUGCACAUUCAGAACAUAUUCCAGAGACGGAACAAGUACUUCAUUUUCAUGCGAUUCGCGGAGAACGGGGACCUGUUGGAAUUCAUUGUGAAAAAAGGAGCGGUGAGCGAGGCCCAAUCCAGAGUAUGGCUCAGACAGAUAUGUUUAGCAGUACAAUACAUGCACGAAAUGGAGAUAGCCCAUCGGGAUUUGAAAUGCGAAAACGCUCUGAUCACGAACAACUAUAACUUGAAAUUGGCGGACUUUGGUUUCUCUCGUUUCGUGAUCGAUGCGAGCGGUAAAAGAGUUACCAGCGAGACGUACUGCGGUUCUUUAUCUUACGCGGCUCCGGAGAUCUUGAGAGGUAUUCCUUACCAUGGUAAAAUCGCAGACAUUUGGUCCAUCGGAGUCAUCCUGUACAUUAUGUUGAACAAAGCCAUGCCUUUCGACGAUGGUAACAUCAAGAAGUUGUAUGAACAGCAGACGAAUAAACGGUGGCGUUUUAGAGCCAAAGUUGCCGAUUCGUUGAGUGAACAAGUGAAGAAACUAACCGGUCAUUGCCUGGAACCGGAUGUAACCAAACGUUGGAAGAUUGAGCAAAUCUUAACAUCAGAUUGGAUAGCUAUGGAUCCAAGAUUACUAGAAUUGAACGCCGCUGAAAAGGCUGCAAUCAAAGACAAAGCUGAGAGAAAGAAGAAAAAGGAGAAGAAGAUUAAAGAGAAGGAAACAAAAACUGAAGUUGAAGAGGAGUACAAGGGAUUAAAUAAGCAGAGAAUUAAACAUUUGAAACAUGAAAAGAACAGUCAUCAAGUUGCCAUGGACAAGAAGACUAAAUUGGCUGUUGAGUAUUUGACUUUGUGGAAGGAGGAUAAAACAAACUGGAAAUUCAAAUCUUUGAGAGAAUCAUUUUUGAUCUACAACAGUUGCAAUCCUGUUUUGUUGCCUGAUGAUUAUUUUGAUUUAACACUGGAGUAUUUGUGCAGUAUCAAAGGAGUUUUGAGGAAUAAGGUGGUUGAAGUUGCUAAAAAAGUCAAAGAGGGUGAUGUAUCUCUGCAAAGAGCUAAACUUAUUUUAGAAAAAUUCACUGAAUAAAAUUAUUUUAUGUUUAUUGACAAUAUCAUUUUUUU